AUGCGCUGCUUGGAGCUCGAGGAAGCAACCCACCCCCAGGAACGGUUGUGCAUGCCGGAUGAAGAGGCGCCUUCGGAGGCCGAGGCACGGUGUCCUGCCGAGAAGGACCGAGGUCCUGCUUUGGCUUGGUGGUUCCGCGCGUGCUGUUUCUGCUACAGUGCUGUCGGGAUUGACAUGGCUUGGCGCCUCGGCUACGUCGCCUGCCACUGUGCCGCCUAUCCCUGGCAGCUGGAGGCAUGCCUCCUUCUUCUUCAGGGGUGUCUGUCAUUCAUGCAUGACGCCUACUUUGCGGGGCGAUCGCCGGCGGCGAAGUUUGCAGAUAGGUGUUGUGCUACCUUCCUCACCAUGUGCCAGCCUCUGAAGCUGGCCUUUUGCAGCAUGGACGCAGUGCAGCUGUCUUUGCUGUGCUGCUCCUGGACGUUGGGCCUCUUGUGCUUCAAAGCUGGCGCACGCGCCUUCGUGGCAGGCAACGGCCGGAGAUAUCAGUUUUUUCAUACGCUCUGGCACAUCCUUCUUCCCUUGGGAGGCUACUUGUGGAUCGAGUACACGCGGCUCUCCGUCCUCCUUUUGCACGCUAGUUCGCAUCGCCAUCCACUGCUGAGCUCCGAAGCCAUUUGGGCAGCAAAGCACGGGGCCGCAGCGGAGGGCGAGGAUGUUGGAACUCUUCUCCUCUGGGGCCCAGGUGCUGCCGGCCCUGACUGCCUGCAACGUUCCUACGCUCGGCUGUGGGCGCUGCGGUAG